CUCAAUCGAUGGUUGAAAAGAGGAUUCGCGAUGGCUCCAGAGCGAGAUCUACUAUCAAUAUCUUUUGGCUCACUCUGCGUAUUGUCUGCAUGUCUGGCUGCGUAAUUCUUUUCUUUUGAAUAAUUUAAAAGCACGUGUUUAAUCCUCGUGAAGCAGAACGGGAAGCACAAUCAUAUAAUACCAUGUGAUCCAUUGCUCGAAGAAUGAGAUACCCACAAUCUUCAGUCCAUCGGGUAGGAAAUUCAUGUGUGUGUCGGAUAACGGAUGAACUGAGUGAAAUCUCCCCCCCCCCCCCCCCCCCCCUGCGGACUCUCGCCUUGGUGAUGACUGAGCUCAUGCAGCCGGACUCACGAAGGUGUAAUUAUUUCUUCCUCUACGAUGGAUCCAAAGUUAAAGGAGAGGGUGAUCUCACAAGAGAAGGAAUCUGCUACUUCUACCCUGAAGAGACCCCUUUAGACGAGCAGGAGCUGCUCUGUGGUCAGCUCGCCGGCGCGGGCCGCUGCGUCUCUGAACUCUCGUCCUCCCCCGUGCGCAUACUGAGGCUGCGCCGCAACAAGUUUGCCAUCCGUAUGAAGGAUGACUUCUUUUGGGCUCUGGGCUGCUCAGUGGAAGUACCCACCAUCAGUGUCUGUGAGCUCCUGGAUCAGCUGAUCAACCUCUUUCGUUUCUACAACGGUUCGGUCCGGAGGAGCUACCAGCUCAACAGCCAUGGAAGCGUGGCGAGUCGAUGGGCGCAGUACCUCUCACACCUGCAGUCGGGAUCCUCCGAGCUUCAUCACAUCUUCAGCUACUUGAGAACAAUUGACGCGACUAAUAUUGACCCACUUCUCCUGCUCAAAGCUGCCCUCAUUCUCCAGGCGUGUCAGCGCUGCCCUCUGGUUUCAGCGGGCUGCAUUCUUUUCAGAGGACGAGUUGUGAGCACACAGAUAUCUCCAGAGCUCACGAUGAAGGUGAUGGUUCAUGAGAGGGAAACGUACACUAAGGGCCUGAGGUCCAGUGAAGCGGGCACCUUCGACUCAUUCGGCGGUGCCGUCAGCUCCACCACCGUGUUCCUGACCACGUCUGAACUUCAGUACCUGCAAUCCGCCCCCGCCGACAAAGAUUUCAGGUCCCAUUCUACUCCCCAAGAUAAAAGGAAGACCCGCCUGUCGAGAACAUUAUCCGACGCUCCCUCCACUGAGUCGGAGCCAUCCGAGACGGUUCCCUCCCAGGCCCCCCAGAAGGUGUCCCUCGGUCAACACCUGUCCGACAGCUCUGUGUUCCGCCCCGAUCCAAACGGAUCUCUCUCAAACGGAGAACCCUCCCCUGACGCGGAGGAGGACGUGCUGGAAGAGUCCGAUUUCCAAAGCCUCCACAGCAACGGCGGCGGAGUCGGUCAGAUGCAUAAUGCAGCAGACGGCUCAUUGUUUGGAGAGAACUCCCAUUUAAAUGGAGGCGGGGGAGAUGGAGACGCGGCCCGCGGGACAGUGUUUGACUCCAGAGGGGCGGCGGGAUCACGUGAGCGCAAGGUUUCCCAAGAGGUCAGCGGAGGUGGCUGUGGGAAUGUUCAGGGCCAAGGGGCAGAGACACCGGAUCCUCCUGGCUCCGAGGAGUGUCCGCUGAUCCCCAUGACGCUGUACCUGCACCGGGUCAAAGGCUUGGUGCUGGCUCUGCUGGUGGAGCCGUGCUUCCUGAGUGACACAGAUUCUAUGGAGGAAGUGUAUCACAGCAGCCUGGCGUCACUCAAUGGACUGGAGGCCCAUCUGAGGACCAUCUCUCCAGGGGCAUCGGGCCCUCAGGGACCCUAUUUGUUUGCCCACUUCGACUGCGUUCAGAGCACGCUGACAACCAACCUGUCUGGUCGACCUGGGGGAGGCCCACAGCGUCCUUUUGUGAGAGCCACAUCACUUCUUCACUCACAUUUCUGUAACACUGAAACUCUACAGGAGGCUAUUAUCAGGAGUGCUGGAGCUGCUGUGUAUGGAACCCGCAGCGUGGCCCAGGAAACUUACUUCCAGCAGCACGGGGGAUCGCUGAGGAACUCUGGCAUCCCCAACCACCAGGACAGUGCGUUCUCUCUGCCCGGCAAGGCACGACACCGGCUACUCAAACACGGGGUCAACCUGGUCUGACGGGGACAGCGGCGCACCCGUCUGCUCGACUUUCUUCAGAUAUGAAAAGCUGCCCUGUGGGUAACCUCAAAAUCCAAGGACAAAAUCGAAAGGACUUACAUUUUUUUUUUUUUUUUUUGCUGCUGUGGUCUACUUUCACCCACAGCAGAUUGUAUAAUAUUAGCAUCUGUUGUGCUGUAAAACCAGAUGGCACUCACAUUGAUGACAGAGCUUUGCCUUUUCUAAAUUUGUAUUAUAACUGAAUGCCAGAGGCUGGUUGGUUAGUUAUAUAGAUUCAGUUUGGUUAAAAACAAGGUUUAAAUUGGUUUUCAUCCUUGUUUUUUCCUUAUAAAGUUCUUGUUAAAACACUCCGCCCACGUUGCAACCUUUUCCAAGUAUCUCCUUUUGCCCAAAUGUUAAAAUUCCUCUCACUUUAUUAUUAUUUAUUUGGACGUUUUCACUAAAGGCUGGUAGGAAUCUUUAUAUUAUUUAACGGCAUAAUCCUACUUCCAAGAGCACACACACAGCAAGUGUGUUGACAAAUGUAUAUACAUGAUCUACAAAUAGUUUUAUAAAGAUAAUUUAUUUGAAAUCAACUCUUUGGUAACAUUAAAAAGUAAUUUAAUCAGUUUGCAAUUCAAUCUUUUUUUUUUCUUCCUUUCCAUUAAAAGUGUCCUUUGUUAAACAUUUUCGUGUUCUGAUGUUUUCUAUGAGAAGGACCUCUGUGAUAUGCUGUAUGCAUUAUUAGUGGGAAUUAAAUGAAUACAUGAUCCUCUCA